AAAAAGCAGGAUGGGAAGCCCAAUAUCGGUCUACUUUUCCCUAAACUACUUGGUAAUACUACUGUACUAUUACCUUAGCAGUAGUGGUAACCUAGUACUCUCAGGCGACGCCAUCGAAUCGCCAAAUUACACAGUGGUGCACUCAGAACCAGAUCUCGAGAUAAGACUCUACGUUGAAUCCUCAUGGAUGUCUGCCCUUGCCCAAGGAACAACCUCUUUCGAGAAGUCCACCAAAUAUGGCUUUCACAGAUUGUAUCAGUACAUUCAUGGUGGUAACCUCAACCAUUCUAAGAUCCCGAUGACCGCCCCCGUAUUAACAAGCAUCAACUCAUCGUCGUCCCCCCGGGCUGACUAUUUUGUAAGGUUGUCUCUCCCUGCUAGUUAUGGCGGGAACCCUCCACAACCCAAUUCUGAACUGAAGUUGCAACUUGACAAGUGGAGAAGUCAUUGCAUAGCGGUUAGAAAGUUUAGUGGGUUUGCUGAGGAUGAUAAUGUUAGUAAAGAAAUCGAAGCACUGGUAAACAGCCUCAAUAAGCACUUGACUGGAAAGGCAACAAUGGUGGAAGAUGGGAGUUACUACUCCAUUGCCCAGUACAACUCUUCAAAUCACCUUUCUGGACGGUUAAAUGAAGUGUGGAUCAAUGUGUUUGCAGAGGGGUGUCCACGCUAUCAAGGGAAAUAUUGAUUGGCCUUUUGGACUGAGUUUUCCUCCAAUUCCUCCAAAUAAAAAUGUCACAUGUUUUUUUAAUAAAAUUUAUUUCAACUUUAUCCAUGUUACUUAAAAAAUAUGUGAUUUUCACAUAUUCAAGAGGCUUAUGCUAUUUUUAUAGACAGAAUUUGUGCCUGUCUAUUAUUUUUAUUUUUUUUGGUGAUGUCGGGCAGAAUCCAGGAUGAAAUGUGUGAUCUUGUGUACAAUAAAACAAUGCUUUUAAUGAUCAAAUUAUCAAUGUUCUACUACCGUCGUCUGAAACUUGCUCAGUUUUCCUUCUUAUGGUUGAUGCUUGAAUCUUUCAGGUCAUUAGUGUUUGCCCUACAUCUCUCUUGAAAGGAGGCACUUAUACGGGCACUAGAGAAUUUUUACAACUUCAGCAUGUCUUCCCAUUUUCCAUGAGCAGGUACCAUAUACUUUUAAGGUACUAAAGAACUCCCAAAAAAAAACACUAUAGGACAUUGUCAAGACUCAAGAUCAAUCAUUCAGAGGAGAUGCCUGCAAGCUAAUGAAUAAGACUCUUCAUAAACUUACAUUGUGGUUCAGAUGUUAACGUCACCGUUUAUUUAUUUUUAUUUUUUUAGUCAACUUCUACCAUUCUUUCAUUCUUAUUUUAUUUCUUUCUCCUUUCUCCUUUUCCUUAGCCGUGCUUUGCAUUGUUGUUCUCAUUCAGUCCAGUUCAUCAUGAGGAUGUGUAUACAUUUUUAAAGAAAAAGAAAAAGAAAAAGAAAAGGAAAA